GCAGAUCUUCUAAGCUGUCUUCCAUGCUGCUGCAGUCUGAGGUUUAUGGAAGUCCUUCAGUAAAAAUAUGAUGAACAUCUGCAUCUUCUUCUUCUUCCUGCUGCUCAUCCUGCUUCCUGUCUGCGGGCAGCAAUCAAGCCUCACAAAUAUCAUCAUUACAUAUUAUGACGAAGACAAGACCUGGGAAGAAGCUCAGUCUUUCUGCAGAGAGAAACACACUGAUCUGGUCACUAUCAUAAGUGAAGAAGAGAAUCAGCUGAUUGCUCAUGACAGGAGCUGGAUCGGAUUGUACCGAGAGGAUGAGAACAGUCCAUGGAAAUGGUCCAGCAGUGGAGAGAAUGCAACCUUCUUCCUCUGGCAAAACGGAGAACCAAAUAACGAAAAAGACGAACUCUGUGUUGUGAAGUGGGAUAAUGGUGAAUGGCAGAAUAACGAGUGUAAGAAGAAAUAUAAUUUCCUGUGUUAUGAUAAGCUGGUUCUGGUGACGGAGAACAAGACGUGGGAGGAGGCGUUAGACCACUGCAGGUCUCUGGGGGGAGAGGACUCAGAGAACCCAGACUCUGUGUCCUGGAAGCCCAGCUACGACCUGGCCACCCUGAUCACUGAAGAUGAUCAUGACUACGCACAAGAGAGAGCACAACAGGCGACCACUGAUGAGGUGUGGACGGGCCUGCGUUUCCUGGGUGACGGCUGGUUCUGGGUGGGUGGAGAACCGGUGCAGUACCAGGAUAUUCCAAGCUGCCCGGCUUACGGCUGUGGUGUCCUGGAGAAGAACAGCAACACAUCCUUUGGGCUCAGAGCCUGCAGUCAGAGAAGAAACUUCUUCUGUUACAAGAGGCCUGAAAACAACUGAAAGCCACUGGGCUCAUCUAUCAGCUGCUUCUCCCUGCUGUUAAUAACAACACCAGGAGUUUAGAAACACUGCUGGAAUUUCUGCAGCUCAUCCACAAGUAAACACUCUUCAUUGCUGCUGCUUGACUGCUGUCAUUGCUUUUCUGAUAAAGAAUAAAACUGCGAGAAUAAUACAACCUUAAAUAUGGAAUAACACAGUCAGCUGUUCAUUGCACAUAAAAACAACAGACAUCCCCCCUGCAGUGAUCCCCACCCCGUCAUGGACAAAGCUUCUCGUAGAGUACGACCGGACCAAUACCAACUUUUUUCUUGUUCUUGCGGCCUCGAGAACAAGAACAAACCUCUCGCUUCUCGCAUAGUAUGUAACAAGCUUAGGAGCUAAAUGCUCCUCUGCUGCCACCUUCAGGAGUCUGACAGUAACUGCAGAAUGUUUGUUUAUCUCAGUAAAGCAGCAACAAUAAAGAACCUUUACUUAGUAAAUGCUCCACAUAACUACUCUGCUUCACAUCACUGGAAACACACUCAGGUGUACAAACACAUAUUUUCAUAAGAAGUUUGAAGUUAGACAGUAAAACAGAUCAGUGAUGGAUCAGUAGAGUCUGUCCUUUACUGAUUAGAUGAGGACAGUUAAAAUAGUUGAAAAUCUAUUUCAGUGUGUGAACAUCUGGUGGUUUUAUUAAAACAUAAACAGCAGGUAAAAGCAGGUAAAAUACGACACCAGUGGAUUAUAAUACAUUUACUGGAGUAGAAAUUUAAAGUGUGUCUUUAACUUUCCAGUUCAUCACCGUACUUGUCUACUACAGUUCAGAGGGAAAUUCUGUAAUCUGUUCGUCUUUUGUUUAUUCUAAACUUUACUGUUACCAUUUUUUUCUUUGUAAUUUUAUGUUUUACAUUCAUAUUUGUAAUUAGAUUAUUUAGCUGUUCACUGAUGAAGUAAUUAAGUGUGAAACACUUUGGAUGAUUUGAAAAUUUUAUUCAUAUUUAUUUUGUCAUAAUUUAAUCUAUGUUUAAUUCAGUGCAAAAUAGUUUUCACCUAAAUCUAAAUCAGAUAUAAAACCUUCAUCCUGAGCUAUGCUGUUCAGGUCGAGGUCAUCUGAUUUGGUUCUUUUCUUCAGGAAUUGUUGGGCGUUUGGUAAAGUGAUGGAAAACUAGAUGUGAAUCCUGUUGGAUUCAUCUUUCAGUUUUCAUCCUUAGUCAGGGAUGAUGUGAUUGUUGUCUUCAAUCUCUUAAGAGAUGGUGCCUUUUUUAACGUUUAAACAAUAAAUGAAAUGUAAACCAUUAGGACUGCCUCCACAUGUUCACUUUGUAGAAUUGUGUAAAUUUAUUUUUAGACCAACGUGAAAGACAAAACACCAACAAAUGAAACUCACCAUUUAUUUGCUCUUUUCAGCCAAGUAAUAGAUUAUUUUAUACAUGUACUUUUAAAAAAUGUAGACGUGGUCUUCACAUACAUGUAUAU